UAGGACAAAACCAAUUUUCAAAAAAAAAGGUGGUUAGUUUUGUGUUUAACUUUAAGUUGUAGGUCAAUUUUGCAAAAACCCCUUAUUUUAUAUAGAAAUAUGUUUAAAAAUUAAUUUCAAAAACAAAUGCGGGUCAAAAUCUAGUAUAGGUUAAGUAUUAAAAAGUUAUCAAUUAAUUAUUUUUAUAAAGUAAUAAUAAAAGAUUUUUCAGUUGACCAUCACGUGGAUAUCUAAUGAUUUCUACCGUAAAGUACAUUAAAUUAUAACAUUUAUCGUAACUCUACUCGGAUAUUCCACCUCUGAAAGCAAUGUUUAAAUAACAGAUUAAAAAAAAUGUUUACAUAAACAUACUUUAUUUUUUUGGUCUAAAUAUAAACAUGCUUUCUUUUAUCCACGGUGAAUCUAUUCACUUUAAGAUCUUUACACGUGUAUCCAAGGUCAGUGGCUUCUUACUUUUUUAAUCGUUUGGAACUAGUUCCUCUUUCCAUACACCUGCGAAUCUCUUCUCGCAGAAGAAACCCUAAAUUUAUCUGAUCCAUCUCAGAACAUGGAAAUUACUUUUCGUUUUAAUGAAACCGACAGAGCCGCCUUUACAAUUAACGUUCCGUCAGGUGGUGGAUUCACAGUUAACUUUAAACCCGUCGGCCAACUCGUUCCACCGGCUGGUGGCCGAUUAAACAACAAUGGAUCCCACGUUCAUCCUCAGGCUAGUGGUGGCUUCACAAUCAACGUUAACCCUAUUGGCCUACCUGUACCACCUGCCAAUGGACUAAACGUUAAUGGAGCCCAUGUUCAUCCUCCUUCGGCUGGUGGCGUCAAAGAGAAAUAUGAAUCUGAAAACCCUAAACACUCUGAUCCCUCUUUGAAAAUGGCCAACCCUAGGGUUUUCUUUGAUAUGACCGUGGGCGGCAAACCAGCUGGUCGGAUCGUGAUGGAGCUCUUUGCCGACACAACACCACGGACGGCAGAGAACUUCCGUGCCCUCUGUACUGGCGAGAAAGGCAUUGGGAAGUUUGGUAAGCCACUCCACUACAAGGGAACAAUCUUCCACAAGGUAUUUCCCAAUUAUACCUUGUGUGGAGGAGAUAUCAUUGGUGGCGGGGAGGAACCAGGAGGCGAAUGUAUCUACGGAAGUAGGUUUUUCGACGACGAGAACUUCAUCAAGACGCACAGCGGUCCAGGUAUCCUCACCAUGUGGAAUUGUAGAGAAAACACCAACGGAUCUCAGUUCAUGAUCUGCUUGAGGAAGAUCGUGGAAUUUGACCAAGAAUGCGUCGCGUUUGGCCAAGUUGUUGAGGGAUUGGAUGUGAUUCAGAACAUUGAGAAAGAGGUCGGCCGACCUGAUCUUAGCGGCGUGCCUAACAAGCUCGUGGUGAUUGCCGACUGCGGUCAAAUUUCCUAGGUCUCAGAGAUUUUUAUCCUUUUGUUUUCAUGUUUUGUGUGUCUUUUGUUCUUGGUUUGGAUUUUAUUUUGGUAUGUUUUACUCGAGUUUGGAUUCGCUACCAUUGAAUAAGAAUAAUUAGUGAUAUUAUUGGUUA